AUGUGUUGCAGUUGCUGCAGUGUCCGCCAGCAAAAGAUCUGGGUCUUCACCUUGGGAGGCCUAAUCCUGGUUCUGGGGAUUUUCUUGGCCUCAGCCUGGCCAGUCGUGUCUCGCCAAUGGAUUCGCAGUAUUUUGCCCUUGGCCCCCAAUUCCUUUAUAUACAAACGCUGGGUGACCACGCCAAUGCCGCUGUAUAGCACAAUUUACCUCUUCAACUGGACUAAUCCGGAGGAUCUGAACACCGAGGGCGUUAAGCCCAACUUUGAGCAGCUGGGUCCGUACACUUUCAGUGAGUUCAAGGUUAAGGAGGAUUUGCAGUGGGAUCAACCCCAGGUGACUUAUUUUGGCAAACGCACCUGGCACUUUCUACCCGAAAAAUCAAACGGCUCGCUGGAGGAUGUGAUUGUGGCGCCACACUUUCCAUCUUCGACAGCCGCUUUCUAUUCGCGCCGAUUACGCCGCACUCUGCGCAAGGUCAUGAACUUUGCCCUCAAUCGCGAGGGCGGCGCCACCCACAUGACCCACACGGCUGGUCAGUGGCUCUUCGACGGCUACUACGACCAUCUGCUGGACUUUGUGGAGCAGCUGCAUUCGCCCUUGUUCCCCGUUAACAGCAAUACAUUUGGCUGGUUUUACGAGAGGAACAACUCCAAGACGGCCGAGGGGAACUUUACAAUCCACACUGGCCGUGGAGAUCUUAGCCGGAUGGGAGAUCUGCUCCUGUGGAAUGGUCAAAAUACAACUGGUUAUUAUCCCGGCGAGUGUGGCAAGGUCAAUGGCAGCACGGGGGAACUCUGGUCGCCGGACAGGAAAUGGAAUCAGCCCACCUCCAUUUUCCUACCCGAUGCAGCGCGUUACCUGAACCUUUUCCCCACGGAAAACCUGACUGUCGAUGGCAUAGCUGUGUGGCGCUAUGAAUCCACCAAUCUCACCCUCGACAAUGGCCAGUUGUCACCGGACACCAAGUGCUUUUGCCUCAAGAAUCGCGAGUGUCCGCGCAACGGAGUCCUGGAUUAUGGACCGCCCGCCUUCAAUGGUCCGUUCUACAUGUCGCAUCCGCACUUCUAUCUCACGGAUGAAAUGUACAGGGAGAACACCACGGGUCUGCAGCCCCAGAAAACCAAGCACGGAAUGUUUGUUAUUAUGGAACCCACUCUUGGUAUUCCGCUGAGCCUGAGGGGCCAGCUCAUGAUUAGCACGAGAGUGGAGCGCGAUGAGGCAAUCGACUUAUUCAAGGAUGUAGCCUAUGAUCACUAUGCACCCCUUUUUACCAUGCAAAUUCAUGCGAAAUUAGAUGAGAACCUCACAAGCUUACUUCAGCUUGCCUUAAAUGUAGCGACUAUUGGAAUGUUUACAGGAAUCGGAUUAGUUCUCUUGGGACUAUCAGUGAUCCUAUUGGGCAUAUUUAUCACAAAGAAUCACAAGUGGUGCAAUGAACAAAAGACCGAGGGCUAUCAAUAAUUCAAAGCGGAUGACUAACCAGUCAAAUACACUUGAACCUGAUAAGUCGUUUAGCGCUAACAAAGCAAUAAUCUGGCUAAUCACUGCGGAAAUUUUGGGCAUUUCUUAAGGCCACAAUCAGUCAGAGCUCUUAAAGGCCAGGCCAUAAAAAAUGUAAAUUACGUGCUCGUCUAGAUUAUCCAAUUUCGCUCAGGUGUUGCCCAGCAGAGGGCAUCUAGAAUUACACUAAAUUAUGGCCUUUCAAAUAUGCUAAAAUUUAUUAAUAUGUUAAUAAUUGUUUUUUGCUGUUCGUUCAUGCCAUGCAAAGGAGGAGGAAAAGAGAAAUCCUUGAGCACGUAAGCUGCAUACUUUACGGCGUACGAACUCUUUCACCAGCCAGAGCCGGCAAAUACCGAACUGGAAAUUUGAAAAAUGCCAAAAGAAUAUUAUAAGCGACUAAUUUAUAUGCACCAAGCACGCAAACUUACGUUUUGCACACACAUUGUUUGUGGCCCACGAAAAGGACGAAGGAACAAGUUAAACAAUGUAUGAAAAUAUGAAAAUUAUAUGACUGCCAGUAUGUGUCGGCCAUAACUUUAACAAAAAUUCUCUGACGGGGUGAG